AUGCUCUCCUCCCCCGAAUCACUCGAGGCGUUGCGUCACCGCUUUGGGAUAUCCGAGGUGGUUGAAUUUGUCGUUCCGGAGAAGAGUGACCGAGCUGACAAGCCUCCUGAGAAUCACUUUACCCUGUACGAGGCGUUUUUCGAGCUCUGUUUCCUUUGGUUCCCGAUCCCUGGAGUUAUCCUCGAGUUCUUGUGGAAGCACGAGAUCUCUAUUGGACAGAUUAUGCCGAGAGGCUUGCGGCAUAUUAUUGGCAUCCUAGUUCGGGGCUUUGAAUGCGGACUCGACAUUGAGCUGGAUCAUCUGCUCAAGUUGUUGGAGAUCAGUAUAGCUCCAAAGGGAGGUAGAUUUUAUAUCUCCAACAAGUCCAAUCGCCGGAUUAUAGGCGGUUUCCCGAGUAAAGAUCAGUUCUGGAACGAGCGCUUCUUCUCUGUCUUGGUGAAUGAGGCAUCGAUUGGAGAGGACUUUGUCCGAAAAACCAAGACCGCUUGGGGACCACUUGUUCGGAGCAUUCUUCCCUCAGUUCUCUUCAUUGUUCGAGAUACCCUUGUGGGUCGGAGAGUCAAUUGGAGGAAACACUUCACGUUUGAGAGAGUGGAAAGAGCGCGAGCCAUUUUUGCCGGAUUAUCUGUUAGCUCUUCGUCUUCGAAUUCUUCGGGCGAUACAAGAGAAAAGAUGGUGAUCAUCACUCUCAGAGAGAGGAAGAGGCUUGAAGCCGAAGAUGCUGCCAAACGAGCUGCCGAGGCGACUCAAACGGAGGCCGAGGCUGUCCCUCAAGACGAUCCACCGAGCCGUGAAGGGAAAGGCGUGCCCCGAGCUGCGGAGGCAAACAUCACCGAGGUGAUUGAGAAGGAGGUGGCGCCCGAGGUGGAACCGGGUGAGAUUAUCCCCGAGGCACCCAAAGAUGAUUCUGCGGCUCAGAGCAAAACUCCGUCCAACUCGGCAAUUUUAGCUCUCCUGAAGCCGUCAAGGCCCCCGGCUUCGCACCUACAGAAACACGACGCUGGUCGAAAACGAUCAGCCACCGAGAAAGGGAAAGGCAUGGCUGUUCAGAAAGAUGAGCCGCCCAAGAAGAAACGCAAGCCGGCGUGUAGUGAUCCCGCUUCAUGCAAGCUGAUCGUUGACGACCCAGAUGCCUCGGCGGUGAUGUUUUUGCGUGUUAACAAUGCCAACACGCGUCUUCCUCCUCCCGAGCAGCUGAGGAGACCGAGGUCCUAUGGCGCGAUGGCACAGCGCGUGGCUAUUAACGAGCUGAUGGCUGAGUACGAGUCAGAUCUGUCUAAGGUCGAACAUCGGCUGGAUAAGGCUCGGAAUGAGACCGCGGUAGCAAAGAGGAAGCUGGACGAGGCAAUGACCAGGGUGAAGAGGCUAGAAGAGGAGAAGAUAGCUCUUCAUGCUGAUGUCGACAAGGUGUCUGCCACGGUUGUUCGCCUCGAGGAGGCCAGGAAAGCCAAAAGCGCCGAGGUGGCAUUGCUCAGGAGGCGUAUCGAGGCCAAAGAUGCCUUGUUCGAUGCUAAGGUCAAGCGUGCGAAGAAAGAGGCGAGGCGAGAAUUGACAGCCAAGUUUCAGGAACGCCUUGCCAAGGUCGAUGAAGGUCUUGCGAAGCUUGAGAAAGAUAAAAGUGACGAGAAUGAGCUAGGACAGAUCAAGGGAAACCUUGCUAUGAUCGACGACCUGAGGAAGCCAGAUGGCCCGACUCUCAAUGACGAAGUGGCAAAGUUAAAGGGUUGGGAGAGCGAAUACGUCGACGAUGAGGCGUAUGAGCGCAUCGCAUCCGAGAUCUGA